AUAUCGGCAGACAUCAUUUCCCUUGUGGUGACAAGAUUUCAACUGGCUUACAGUGAUGUAUAAGCACUUCCUGAUAUUGUUUGCUGUAGUGUUGUCGCUUGAAGCGGCUAAACAAUGCACCAACUUACUUCCUGGACUGUCGAAAAUAACCAAGGGUGCUGACAUCACGAGAUUUGACCUUUUGCCCAUCGACUUUUCCGGUAAUGACGGGAUCAAGAGUCCCAUCUUUCAACUGACAUGCGACCAAGGCAAAACAUGGAGGAGUCCUAAAGGCAAAACUUACGACAUGCCUGAUCAAAUUUGGCAAAUCGAUUCUGUCCCUGGAGGAUAUUUGUCAUCUGAAGUCAGCACCUAUACGUCCUACAAUGAAGUCAGAGAUUCCAUGGGUGCUAAUGCUGGACUAGAGGUAAACGCGAAAAAAUACGCUUUCUCGGCAAGUUUUUCCUACAAGAAGAUGCAAACUUCUAUCACUAACAGCUCCAGAUACUUAUCUGACGUUACGUCAUUUGCCGGGCAAACACGUGUAAACGUCAACCCACCACAAAACUUGGCGCUAGACAACUAUGCUAAAACCUACAUUGACACGACGCUGACUGGGACCUAUGACAGUAAUCCUAACGUUUAUAACAAAUUUAUUGAGACUUACGGCACGCAUUACUUUUCAACUGCUAGCUUUGGUGGUUACGUCCGUAUGUUGUUUGAGAUAACGAAAGAAUAUUUUUCAACCAAAUCUGAAGUCGAUAUCGAGGCCAACGCCAAAGCGUCCUACAUGCAAAUGGUGUCUGUGAGUGCUGGGGGCUCAAGCUCCAAUGUAAAAAUUGACGAAACGUUUAAAUCUAACUCAAAACAAACAAUUAAAUACUAUGGUGGCGACACGAAUCUCCUCAACAAAGCGGAUGGUUUCUCACAAUGGCAGCCGACUGUAGAAAAUGACCCAUGGCUUUAUUCUAGUGUGUUGAAGCCCAUCAGUGACCUGAUUACAGACACAACAAAGAAGGCAUCCAUGGAAAAAGCCGUCAAAAAUUAUAUGAUAAGGAGCUACCUUGGCGAACUGGAAUCCAUCAUUAACGGAGCUAGAGCCAAACUUGAUAAUACAAUAACCACCGCAUUCUUGAGCCGACUCCAAGAUCUUAAGAACAGCAAGGAAGUCAGUGAAAGUGCCGUUGAUGCUUUAUCUAGGGAUGUUGAAGAAUAUGUCAAUAUUCCUCCUUGGUUUUUAACCAACACCAAGCUCUGUAUGCAUUGGUGGGGAACAAAUGACGCGACUCAGUGUUACGGGGGUGGCUAUACUCCUGAAUACCUGUGUGCUAAAGUCAACCAAAUGACCGAACUCUACCACGACUGGACAGAUUGGAGGAUUGGUGGCUGUAAGAUGAGAUGGGCGAUCUUUUCAUCUGUGAACAAUGCGCCGGAAUGGAUGAAUCAAGUACAGAUGUGCUAUCAGUGGUACGCAGAUGGCGACGCUAAUCAGUGUGGAGGUGAUGCGGGUAAAACUUAUUGCGCUCCGAUCAACCAAUAUACUACCGAAUAUUUUGAUGACACAGGAAAUCGCAAUGGUGGAUGUCAAAUGCGAUGGAUGAUUAAAGUCCCUAACAACGCCCCACUCUGGGCAAAAGGUGUCCACAUGUGCUACAACUGGGCAGCAGAAGGGUUCGCUGGUCAAUGUGGAGGCGCGCCUUUAAACCAGUGCGUCAUUGCAAACACGUGGACUCAGUAUUAUCGUGACCAUACAGACGACACUUGGGGCGGCUGCACGAUGAGCUGGGGCUUAAAGACUUCCGUCUAACUUCAAUUUAACAUUAAACAAAAAUAUCGAAUUAACACAGACGGAAUGUUUCUUCAAGUUAUGUAAUCCUAACGAAAGAAGUUUAACCUUUAGGAAAAAAUAAACUGGAAUAA